CCCACAUCCACUGCUGCUGCACCCGCCGCCGCCCUGACCUCCUCCUCCUCCCAAAACUCCACCUUUUCGAUCUUGCAUCCUCCAACAUACCACAUCACCUCUCCUGCAGCCUUGUUCAGCAUCGUCCUUGUCACGGACCAACGCUCUGAGGCAGCUGCACGGAGCGCAUAUUUCCCUCGUUUCUCUUCUCUACUACACCAUCCGCCAUUGUCUCCCCUCUCCAACACGUUUCCCAACCUCGGCAUCGGUCUGAAUCCACUACGUCACUCGUCCGCAGCCUCACCACACACGUCUUCGUCUCCGCGCCGAGCUGCGUGCCCAUUCCACGCUCGACUGUUGCAAAACACACAUACAUAGAAACGACUGCCGGCCGAACACAUACACAACGUCUGCUUCGCACAAUCGCCACGCCCUCCGCCCAUCAUGUCGGCGUGGUACUCCAACAUCGUCACCAAGACGACCUCGCAAAUCUCGUCUCUGCGAUCAACGCUUCUCUCCGGCGAGGCCGACGGCGAUACGGAAGAUGACACCCACGUCUGCCGCGUCCUGCGAAACUACUACACCGACAAAGGUCGCCCCCGGCCCAACUGGCUGCCCCCCGACCCCAAGGCCGCCAACCAGGCCCCUCAACCCCUCUACGCCCAGGCCCAGCCCGGCUCGCGAUACGGCGGCUUCAACCAACAAUCUUCUGGUAGUUCCGCUGGUGGUGGAGGUCUCAGCAGUCUCUGGGAUAACGGGCCCGCGCAACAGCAACAAGCACCGCCGCAACCACAGAGUCUAAGAGCCGGCCGCGGGCCUCCUGCUGGCAGCCAAGCGACGCCUGAUAGUCUGCGGCCCGGUGCCGCCCAGCGAUCAGGCAGCUACACUAGUGUGCAUAGCGCCUCAGGAGGUGGUUCUUCAGCGCAGGAUCGCUUGAAGCAGCGACUGUAUGGUGGACGAUCGGCCAGUCCGGCGCAAAACAGUGCCCCGCCUCCUACGAAUGGAGGCCAGUAUAGCAGUGGCGGAGGUGGUGGUAGCCAAUCGCAAUGGGGGAACGGGUCUGAUCCAUAUGGCGGAACUGGUGCUAGAAACACCGGUGCUAGAGGAGGACAGCCUGGAGGCGGUGGCUACUCGAACGGCCAGCAAAGACAAGGUCUGCCCAGCGGCCCUCGAGGUUACAGAUAGAUACAUCGCUGUCUGGUAGCAGACAUUCGGGCGAAUGCUCGUGCACUAUUACAAUGCAAGAGAAACAAACGUUAUAUAGCCUUAAGUAUAUCCUAGUCACACGGCAGAUCUUAUCAGCCUGACAAAUUGCAUGAUUAC